AUGUUGGAUAUGAGAAGAGGUGGUGCCUGGAUCUCGACCUCAUGCUACUUGGAAUGGGAAACAACUCUCUUGAAUCUUCUCAUCUUUGUCGUACUUCCAGGCGCGAUGAGUCUUAGCCUAGGAUUGGAGGAAGUUACAGGUGGAGGCUCUGAUGCUUCGGUCACUACUCUGCUCCGAGUUUGGUUGCAAUUUGUGCAAUAA